ACGUUUUGCCCGACGACGCAAACGAUCUUGCGCUUGAUGGACCACUUUUCGGAACUCGAGUUGACGGCGUCAGGCCGUCCCAUUCUCUCCUCACAAGAGACCAUAUCAGUUAUGCAAAAAGAUGUUGGACUUUACGAAGGGAAGGUACGAUUGCACGAGUUCGAUACGGGUAUUGCCUUUGUAACAACACACCGACUGCUUUGGGUUGAUGAGACGCGUGGAAACGGUCUGCAACUGCCCUUGACAGCCGUCAAAAGUGUUGAUUCAAAGGGUGGCAUAUGGAAGGCUUCCUCUCCGAAAAUCACAUUAUCAUUGGCACCUCUUCUUGACCGACCAAAGAAGCCUUUAGAGAAUUCAAGUCUCCCAGUCAAUCACAAUACCCCACCGCCCGUUCCAGCCAAAGUUUCUACUUGGAUAUGUGAAAUAUGUCAACAUUCAAAUACAAGCUCCAUUUCGAAAUGCGAACUCUGUGGUGUCCAUCAGACAAAGCGAGAACAGCCACAACCAUCAUUGCGGUCCUCAGAAGUCCCCCCAUCCUCAUCCUCUGCCUCUUCCGCCUACUCGUAUCCAAACCUGCAGAAAUCAGCGACACCGCCGCUAGCAAAAGAAGCAAUACCUCACAGUUCAUCAAACCGUGCGGCUUCAGUAUCUCCAACACGACGGCCGCAGAAAGGCUGCCCUGCCUGCACAUUCCUCAAUCACCCGUAUUUAAAAAAUUGUGAACUAUGUGAUGCUUUGCUGCCAGAUACAGAACACGCCAAUGAUUUGGAGCGUCCACAAGCACACGACAACUCCCCACAAUUAGUUGCCACAUCUACACCUCCGUUGAGUUGUAGAGAUGACUUGAACAAUGAAAAGCCGAACAAGGGUAUCAAGAACCAAAUGCACAAGGACGUGGCGUCCGAUUCCGGCAAUUCGUCACCUGCCGAAGACGGCGAAAACUAUGCUGUGAUAAAACUUUCAUUUCGUGGGGGAGGAAUGUCUGAAUUUCUAAAGGCUCUCAAGUCAGCCGUUUCCGCGCGCGCUUGGGAGAAUGACGCGCCCAAGGAUGUACCAGCGAGACCCGUUAUCUCUCAACCUACCCAGGGCCCAAACGUCGGUGGCAUUGCCAGCAUCAUGCGAUCAGUUGAACAGUCCAAUCAACUUAUGGGGAAUACGCUUGAUGAAGCCUUCAGUGACCUGAACGCUUUGAUGGCCAAGGCAGCAGAUAUGGUCAAGCUUGCCGAGUCUAUCAGCACAAAGCUUGCCCAAGGAGCCGCAGCUGGCGGAGAUGACUCGUCGGCAAUGGCUACCUUCCGUUCAUACCUUGUAGACUUGGGCAUUCACAGUCCUGUCACAAGGGAAGCCGCUGGUGACUUGUACAUUAAUGAACUAGCGAGGCAGCUGGCCGAGUUCCUGGAAAAAGUCCUCAAGAAGCACACUGGCGGUGGCAUGAUAGCCCUGACCGAUGUCUAUUGCUUGUUCAAUAGAGCCCGAGGGGUCGCAUUAAUCUCACCGCAGGACUUGCGGAAAUGCUGCAAUCAGUUUGAGACCUUGCAGCUACCAUAUCGAAUCCGGCAGUUUGACAGCGGAUUACUGGUCGUUCAAGCUGCCACUCACAGUGAUGAAGAGACAGCGCGGAGGGUUCACGCACACGUAAAAGGUGCAAAGGAUGGCUUGAAGGCCGUCGAUUUGGCGCCUUUGGAACAAGUGUCCGUCGUGCUGGCUGUGGAGCAAUUACUAUUGACCGAAAGUAGAGGAUUGAUAUGUAGAGACGACACAGUUGAAGGAUUGCGAUUUUUUGACAAUAUCAUAACCAAUUACGUGCUGCCGCCUCUGGGACGAUAGCAUGGGUUCUUUCUUCAACGGUCCCUAUCCAUUCAGAGCAGCGUCUCUAGACAACCUUGAAGCUAGUUCAACAAAUAUGUACAUUCCCCCCAUGAAAAUCGACCAACGUCCACCAUGCAAGCCAUUUUCUA